AUGAGUUCCCGCGUAUUCUUGAUCCGUCAUGGUGAAACCGAAGGGACCCGGGGGAUGGAGCAUAUCAGCACCACCGACCAUAAACUAUCCACAGCAGGGGAGAAACAAGUCGAGGUGACUAGGGAGCAGUAUGCCUCUGCUGCCCACUUUCGCCGCCAUCGUACGCGUGAGACCUGGAAGCUGAAGGAGAAUUCCAACACUAGAUACAUCACUCCAAGGAGACGAGAUCGUCAGACGUGUGAGAUCCUCCGUUUGGGAGUGCACCAACAUCAGCACUUCUACGAUCGAACCACCAAGCAGACGACAACGACAGCGAUCCCUCCUGUUACUGGCGAAAUAGCAGAGGCGACGAUCCAGAUCACUCCCAGUCUCGCUGAGUGGGACUACGGCGAGUACGAAGGGCUGACCUCAGACCAAAUUUGUGAGAAACGCAGGCAAAGGGGGCUGGACAAGGACGGUCCUUGGUCAAUCUGGGAGUCUGGCUGUCCUGGCGGCGAAACCCCUCAACAGGUCACCGAUCGACUUGACGAGCUGAUCGGCGAGAUGAGAGAAGUCCUCAAGAGUACUACUGCCUCCUGGCCGGGCGGCCGGAUGGUCCCUCAUGUCACUGAGGAGCCUCGGGAUAUCGUUUGUGUUGGGUCUGGUCUGUCGCUGUCUGCCUUGGCUAUGCGAUGGACCGGGCUGUCUUUGAAGUGUGGGGUGAGACUUCUGUUUGAGACAGCGGGCGUGGCUGUACUCGGGUUCGAGGAUGAGGACUUGAAUCAGCCCGCUAUCAUCCUAGGACGGAGGCCUGUGGCUCGUUAG